AUGCGGGCAUUGGAACACGCCCUUACCAUUGUUAAAGCAUUCGCGACGGCAUCGCAUCAGGGAUACCAUGCACAGCACGAUGAGAAUGAACAUAGAGAUCCCAGAGAGGCAUCUAUAGUGGAUAAUAUUCCACCUGAACUGCAUUAUACGACAAUUCACGGAUCAAGCAGCAUGGAAGCACAAGGCCUUGUCUGGGCAGAUCAUCUCUCAUCUCAGACUAUGGAGCGAAUGUCUUUAGCGAUCAUGAGCAACGCCGUCCGUGGUGAGAUGGCCCUCCAAUACAAGUUAUGCUUAUUUUCAAAGGCGACCACUUUUAUCAGUCGAUGGCUGCGAGUAUGCCCGUCUGACCAGAUGUCUGACUACUUGGACCAAUCUCGCAAGGUGUAUGGCGCUGCAACUUUGGAAUGCCUUCGGAGAAUUGAUUUUACUCGCUCGCCAAAUCUUGCCAUGUUGCAGGCUCUUCUUGCGGGGGCGGCAGUUGUACAGCUUCAUGGUGAUACGACAAGAUCAUGGUUUCUGGUUUCUCUUGCAUCCCGCUCUAUUGUCUCUCUGGGCUAUCAUAAAAUGAUGACUUUUAUGCCUGACAGUGAUGAAGAAAACGAAAUCCGUCGCUGUAUCUACUACUGCUAUUAUAUGGACAAAACACUGAGCAUGCUUCUGCUUCGCCCUCCAUCUCUACCACAGCUUCCAUUCAAUCCAGCGGAUCUCGUUCAUACAGAUCCUCAGCUAGCAGUCUCAAUGCAUGUCAAGAUCUUGGUCAAACUCGCCCGCGUCCAAGAUGUCGCCUUGUCACUGGUGCUGAAGGAUCCGCGUCAUCAAGCACUUGCAACCAAAGAAGUCAUGUUGGAGAAUAUUCAGACGGAGCUCAAGUCUAUUGGCGAUGAAAUACAGCAGUCGCGGUAUCCGCCACACCGCGAACCUUCAGUUAUGAUUGAAUGGGACACAGUUGACUUCACUUUUUUUCUCAAUCGCUACUACAGUGCUUCGUCUCGACUCAUAUUCCUUGCAAGACAAGACUAG